GACAAACGGUAGAACAAACGUGCAGAGUUUUUGUGCUGGAAUUUAAUUUGUUAGAGGAAGAAAAAACAAUAAUAAAGUUUUGCUUUCAUUCCAAACAAAAUAUCGUGCAAAUAAUAAAACGACCGGUCGUACGUAAAUCGCUAAUUCAGCGAAAAAGAUUCGAAAAAUUUAAAUAUUCAUUGUGUGUGCUGCGCUGGGCGUGUAAGGCGCAGCCGAAAUUACAUUUUAGUGGCUUGGUUGCGUAAAAGUGUCUUACGCGCAUCAUGGAAGACUUAACAAAGAACAUAAUCUUUACAACCAAUGCCAUUAAUGGCCAACCGGCGACCAUACAAUACCAAACGGCAGACGGUACAAUUCUCAAACAGCCCAAAAUUGAGGGCCAAAAAGCCGACCAACAGCCCACCUUCUACUACACAACAAAUGGCAAUGCGGCUACUGUGAAUUUAGCACAGUUGGCUACCACGGAGGACAAUAAGACAUGCUACAUUGCACAGCCGGUGGGCGGCUACAAUUAUGCGCUGGUAAAUGGCAUGCCACUGAAUCAGGGCACCGCCCUGGGCAUAGCAACUGUAGAUGCACAGGGACGCAUACAGAUUGUCAAUCAAAAUAAACCCAUUGCUGCGACUAUAUCGCCGAUACAGAACACAAUAUCGAAUAUAAGCUUCAAGUGUGAUGUCUGCUCGGAGAUGUUCCAGCAUCUGGCCUUGCUCAACGCUCACAAGCGCAUGCAUGCCGAGGAAGGAAAUCAACAGCAGCAUAACUCACAGCAGACAAACGAUUCAAUCACAGUGGUCAAUGCGCAGGGCUUGGUUCAAACACAAAACAUCCUCACUAACAAUGGACAGAUGGGACAGAUACAGAUUGUGGCCUCCGAUUCCCUGGACCCAGUGCAGCAGAAUGUAAUGCAGCAGCAGUCGCAGCAGCACGAUAACUCCAAGGCGACCAAAUGCAUCAGCUGUGGCAAUGCCAUACUGCAGCAAAGCAAGCGUAAGGGUCCCAAGCACGUGCGCUGCGAGUCCUGCGUGCAGGCGGACCAGCAACAGCAGCAAAUCUUUGUCGCUCCAGAUGGUCAAAUGGUGCAUCCCGUGCAAAUAACGCCACAGGCGCAAGCGCAGCUGCAACAAAUUGUGGCACAACAGACUGGCGGCACAACGCCGAAGCGUGAGCCGUCUUCAACGGGCCAUCAUCCCGUCAAGAAGCGCAAUUCACAACAGAUGACCAAGUGUCAAAAAUGCAAUGGAUCCGGAGUAGUGCUCAUGGGUCAGCAUACACAUGCGGCACAUAGCGGCGCCGGCGGCUCAGUCAAACAGACCGUCACCGUCAAAACAGAAAAUCCCAGUAAGCCAUUCAGCUGUAAUAUAUGCGGUGGCCUCUUCUCGCGUUACUCCAGUCUUUGGUCGCACAAGAAACUGCACAGCGGUGAAAAGAACUUCAAGUGCACCAUCUGUGGAUUGGCUUUUGCCAAGGCAGUCUAUCUAAAGAAUCAUGCGCGCAUACAUACGGGCGAAAAACCGUACAAAUGCCAAACUUGCGGGAUGCAGUUCUCGCAGUCACCCCAUCUGAAGAAUCAUGAGCGCACACACAGUGGUGAGCGUCCGUAUGUCUGCGGGGUUUGCGAUAAGGGCUUUGCUCGCCAUGCAACGCUGUGGAACCAUCGGCGCAUUCAUACCGGCGAAAAGCCGUACAAAUGUGAAAUUUGCGGAUCUGCCUUCUCGCAGGCGGCGCAUCUCAAGAACCACGCCAAGGUGCACUCAGGUGAGAAACCGUACAAGUGCGAGAUUUGCUCUGCGGCGUUUGCCGAUCGCUUUGCCUUGAAGCGACAUCGCGGCAUCCAUCAAAAGUACGGCCAGACAGCGCCUAGACAGACAUCUGGAGAUGGCAUGGUGGUGCAUAAGCAGGAACUACCCGAUAUGGAUGACGAUGCGCAGCAGGAGGUUAUUAUCGGUGGCUUAUAGACAAGAGCAAAAAGUGCCAAUGCCAAGACGAGCAGUAUAACAACGACUGCGGCGGCGGCGGCGGCAGCAGCAGCAGCAACUUAUCCGAGCCGUGCCACACACACAAGCUCGUAUGAAUCGCAAUCCUAUCCAGGCUACUACUACGAGUUGCCUGGCUCAGGGCAACAUCAAGAGGACCAACAUCACCAUAGUACUGCCUUUAAUGUCGCUACAACGAAUUACUAAAUUGGCGCCUGUAUAUAAGCAAUAGGAGCAUCAUCAUCACCAACAUCAUUACCAGCUAGCAAGAAUAAUGUUAAACUUUUUAUUUGAAUUUUAUUAAUUACUCUUAGUUUGUCAUUGUAGGGCUCUAUAAAUUGGGCUUGGAUCCACUCGCAAGAGCGGCUGCCAAAAGGCUUUCUUUUAUGUUUAACAACCGAAGCAAAUCGAACCUAAUUUAUUCAUAGAAUGUAACAUAGAUAUGGCGCAAUGUAUGGUACAUUUAAGUGUUAAAGUCUAUUUCCGUAUACAAAUCGUAGCUGUAAUUUACACGGAUUUAUACAUAAGGGAGAGAGCGUGUAUCCGCAUCAAAUAAUACGUAUCUACGCAGGCAUGUGCUAUAUACACACACUUACAUUAUAAUAUACAUACAUUGGUAUCGGUGUCUGAGUCGGAAUCGGUACUUCGAUAUGCAUAUAUAUACAUUAGUGCAUAUAUAAUAGUAGUACAUUAAUUAAAAUUUAAAAAUCAAUAUUAGCUAUAAG